CCUUCAAACCCUAAUUCCUCCACUGGAACGGUCAGACGAGGCUGCACGGCGGUGGCGCAUCCCAAAGGGACACGGCCGCGGCCACCCCCCGCCUUCCCGCCCCGAGGGCCGCGGGGCCGGGCCGAGCCAGCCGGGCUGCCCGCUGCCCUCGCCCGGCGGAGCCCCCGGCCGCCGGGGAGGGAUGAGCGCCCACGCUUGCUCCAGCUGACGGGUUGGAGGGCACCUGAGCGUCCUCGCACACACCUGAGGCAUGGCUCUGCUCAUCGCCUGGGUAUGCGUCGCUGUGAGUAUAGAGAAGGCGCUGGGGGGCCAGGGCGACGCGGGGGACCUCUACUCGGAAAACAUCACUCGGAUCCUCGACAAGCUGUUGGACGGCUACGACAACAGGCUCCGACCGGGAUUCGGAGGCGCCGUGACAGAAGUCAAAACGGACAUCUACGUGACCAGCUUUGGGCCGGUGUCCGACGUGGAGAUGGAAUACACAAUGGAUGUCUUCUUUCGGCAGACAUGGACUGAUGAGAGGCUGAAGUUUAGUGGGCCAACUGAAAUUUUGAGAUUGAACAAUUUAAUGGUCAGUAAAAUUUGGACACCAGACACAUUUUUUAGAAAUGGAAAAAAGUCUAUUGCUCAUAAUAUGACAACUCCUAACAAACUUUUCAGAAUUAUGCAGAAUGGAACUAUUCUUUACACAAUGAGACUAACCAUUAAUGCUGAUUGUCCAAUGCGGUUGGUGAACUUCCCUAUGGAUGGGCAUGCUUGUCCAUUGAAGUUUGGAAGUUACGCUUAUCCCAAAAGUGAAAUAAUUUAUACAUGGAAAAAAGGACCCCUGCAUUCAGUAGAAGUACCACAGGAGUCUUCCAGUCUCCUCCAGUAUGACCUCAUAGGACAAACUGUAUCUAGUGAAACAAUUAAAUCUAACACAGGUGAAUAUGUAAUCAUGACAGUUUAUUUCCAUUUGCAAAGGAAGAUGGGCUACUUCAUGAUACAGAUAUAUACUCCAUGCAUUAUGACAGUCAUUCUUUCUCAGGUGUCUUUCUGGAUUAACAAGGAGUCCGUUCCAGCCAGAACAGUUUUUGGUGAAUAUUCACUUCAGCUGCUCUAUUUCCAUCUUCAAAGGAAAAUAGGCUACUAUCUCAUUCAGACAUACAUUCCAUGCAUCAUGACUGUAGUCCUGUCUCAAGUUGUGUUUUGGAUCAACAAAGAGUCUGUUCCAGCAAGAACUGUGGCCGGAAUCACUACAGUUCUAACAAUGACCACUUUAAGCAUCAGUGCACGCCAUUCUUUGCCCAAGGUGUCCUAUGCUACCGCCAUGGAUUGGUUCAUAGCUGUGUGCUUUGCCUUUGUCUUCUCUGCACUUAUUGAGUUUGCAGCUGUCAACUACUUCACCAAUCUUCAAACUCAGAGAGCGAUGAGGAAGGCAGCCAGGGCAGCAGCACUGGCAGCAGCACUAUCAGCAGCAACUGUACCGGCAGAGGACGAGAUUGUCUCGCAUUCUGACUCCAACUGUAACCUGAAGAAGCGAGUAAACUCCGUAACAUGCCAGGCAGAUCAGUCUCCUGAAGCCAGCAUAAUAUCAAAUAGUGCAUCCCAGUGUCAACCAGUGUCUGUUCCUCCACCAGCCCCACCACCACCUAUUGGAGGCACAAGUAAAAUAGACCAGUAUUCUAGGAUCCUAUUUCCAGUUGCAUUUGCAGGAUUCAACCUGGUAUACUGGGUUGUUUAUCUUUCAAAAGACACUAUGGAAUUUUUUGAACCUACUGCAAUGCACCUUCGAAAUGACCAUCUGUCCAACUGAAGGACAACUCGAGGUUCCAAAGAAAUCACUGAAGGUCAUAUCGAGUUUAAAGGGACUUUAAAGGAUUUGUCUAUCCACAGGUGCUCUCAGCUUUCAAACAGGGAAUAUUUAUAAUGGACAUCAGCUGGAAACAAGCCCUGGACCAAUCAAAACGAUAGAAACUGUAGAGUUCUAACAAUACUUUCUCAAGAUUUCUUACAUUGAUUCUACUAUAAAAGUUCUUGUUAAAUUACUCUGUUCAAUUGUCAAAGAAAAGAAUGUACAUUUGUUCUAAUUCUGUUAUAAAUAAUUGAAUGUUUACAUUGAUAAAAACAUCAAUAACAGGAUUAUUUUUUAAAGCACAAUAAGGAUUGAUAAAAUAAGCCUGAUCCUAAACUGUUAUAACUUGGCAUGGUUUCACUGAAAGAUUAGGAGCUGCAAUGAUUUGCAGCAUUUGAAAUAGACCCAAAAUAUUGUUAAGAAAUCCCAUGAAAGGGAGCUGCAAUCCUCUGCAAUGAUAAAUUCUGCUUUUCUUUAAUUUCAUUUUCCUAUCAUUUAAUUUGAAUUAAUAUUUAUUAAAAAAACAAGAUAUAAAAGGAAAUCGAAACUAUCGUUUAUGUACUUUAGCUGGUUAGUUACAACAGCAUAUUUUUUUUUUUGCUGAGAGUGAUCAUGGAAGUACAACCAGACUGAUAACAAGCAGUUUCUUGGCAGUAUCUAGAAAUGCAGGCCUGAGAUGUCAGAGAGUUUUCAAGGUCUAAAGCUGAAGAGACAGAAAGACGCAGCUACCCAUCAGGCUAAACACAAGCCUCCAGCUCCAGGGAACUUCCUGGAAGCAAGUCUUGAGAGCUAGUUAGGGAACAAGCUGCAUUUUAUCCUGAACUGCCCAUAACAAACUCCCCAGAGCUUUUUUCCGGAGGCAAAGUACUGUCAGCAUAUUCAGAGUUUAAAGGUAAUAAUAUUUUACUUCUCAACAGAAACUCCCAGGAUUUCUUUCUCAUAUUUCAUAGUCAUCUAUUAUUUUAUUGUAUAUUCACCCUUCAUCUCCAUAAUCCUUCUUUAGAAUGUAAUUAGGAAAGAUAUGCCUAAUCAAAUCAAACCCAAGCCAACUUUCUUGCAGGUGUAAUGGACACUGGUGGGAGUUAAAAAGCACACAACGUUUUACAUGCAGCCAAAUGAAAAAUAAGGUUUCCUAUCUUGAAAUUAAUUCUAAUACAUUAAAACUAAAUUAAUUUUAACAGACAUAUGCAAUGCUGCAUUGAUUCAGAAAAUUCAGGGUCUUUUGCUUUGUCUAAACAUCUUAGUGUGAGAAAAUGUUUAGGGGCUGACUAAUUGACUCCAGUGAGUCGUCAACUGCUUUACUGGCGCUAUAAUAGUUUUAACUGUCAGAUGACCUAUCUCCAGCUGUUUUCCUCCACCUAUUGCAAAAGGAGUAUAUAGCUUUUACUAGCAGGUAGCUGGACUGAACAUGUGAAGUCACUUUUUGUAUUCCCUAUUCUUCAACUCUGAAGAGCUUAGAUGGGAACAAUUUAAGUAGAUGCAAGUCAGUAAUUACUUGUUUGCACAGAGAUGUCAUGUUUGCAGUUUGCUUUUCCUAACUGGCUGCAGGCUGGCACACUUGGAUGUAUUUGUAACUGCACUGAAUUCUUUCUUUAUUUUGCUUUGAAACUAAAAUUGUGACAAUUUUUCCCAUUUUCAGCCUUUAUAUACUAUUUUUUAAAAAAUAAAAUAUGGACACUGGGGAAGUAUUUUAUAAUUUGUAAAUACAUCUUAUUUUGCAAAAAAAACCAAAUUAUGUUGUAGGGAUCCAGAGGCUAUUUUUCAGUAUAACUAUACUCAUUCUUGCUUCACUAAUUUUCUAUUUUGAGUACAUUAAUAUCUGUAAGAGUUUUCAAAGUACUGUAAAAUUGGUUUAUGCACCAAAUGAAAAUGUUUAAAAGCUAUUGGAAAACAAGUGACACUGAAGAAGCUAAAUUUUGAGUCUGAUCUUUGUAUGAAAGAAAUCUAAAUACGAAUUUUACAGCAGAUGCAGAGUUACUAAAUAGUCACUAUUUCUUUGGAGUGUAGUAUUAGAAUGUAUAAAAUAGUGGUAACUUCCUGAUUAGGAAGCUAUAUCAGCACCUUAAAAAUGUACUAGCAACUCUUGGUAUUUAACAGCGUAUUUCAACAUGCCACAAAGGCUGCUUAUCUUUUUUGAGAGGAGCUUUUCAUGCGGGAAAGAUAGAGAAUAGAGAAGGGUUGGUUCUCCACGUGACUUUCAAUGGUAAGAAGGGAAUAUGUAUUUUUCCUAUUUCAUGCUUUGUAGAGACACAGGUGUAAAUAAUAAUAAUGUUCAUAAUGUCAAGUUAUAUCUUAGAAUAAAUGUCAUUACUUACAA